AGGAAUAAAUAAUACCGUAGUCCCUUAAGUACAGAAGACUGGAGCAACCUGCAUUAUAAAGCAAGCAUCUAAAUUGAAAAAAGGAGCUUCAGCAGGCAGAGGAAUGCACCAGGGGAGGAAGAAGGCAACAAAGGAUGGGCAAAGGAGAGAGAGAGAGAGACAGAGAAAACAGAACAUCCAGCAGCUCAUCGGGGUUUUAUUGAUUGCCAGCUUUUAAAUUCUACCCAGUCAUUUUUUUCUCUCUGAUGUAAUGCCCAGUAGUUUUGCUCAUGAGGCAAAGCAGUUCUUAACCACAUCCCUUCUGCAGAGAAGCAGAACAGAGUAGCCUGAUUUGCAAGGGAAGCUUUGAGCCAAAAGAAUAUUGUGAGCGAUCAUCUGGGUAGUGCAGGAAGGAAAGGAAAAGGACUGAGAGGGCAAAAAAAGGAGAAAAGGCAGGGAACUCAAAGCUAAUGCAGGCAGCUGAAAAGAGAGAGAUGAAGAAGUGAAAAAGGAAAGGAACACUGCACUUGCAGAGCUGCAAAGAGAGAGAAAGAAAGGCAGGAGGAGAAGAGACCUGCAUGAUGAGUCACCCAAAUAAUGAGAAGACCGAAGACACUCCACCUCCAUACUCCGAAUAUCAGCUUUAUGAAGAACCUGAUCUACUGAAACCUCCUUCGGGGCCAGCCCCACCACCUAUGGGUUAUGGGGCAGUGCCUCCUCUGCCGAGUCAGUGUCCACCUUAUUACAGUUCACCAGGGGUGGUAGGACCCAGCGAGGGAGUGCUCUUUCAUCCGCCGCAGGCCGUCUUCAUCACACCGGUCCAGCCUACCUAUGUACCUGAUUACCUGGCCUACUCCAUCUUUACCAUGCUUUGUUGCUGUGUUCCUUUGGGCAUUGUUGCCUUUGUUUAUUCUAUGCUGACACGUGCUGCCGUCGGUGCUGGGGACACCACAGUUGCACGAACAAACUCCAGGCGAGCACUGUUUUAUGCCAACUUAGCCGUGUUGUUUGGGGUCAUGGCUUUGAUUGUGUACCUCCUCUUGAAAAUGACUGUUGCUAAAAGGGUAGACUGAGGAUGUGCCCUUUAACAUUCAUAGCCAGAAGAUCCUGCUCCUCCAAGGUACAAGUCUGAAGAAUGCUGGUUUGACAUCCUGCUCCUGGAAUUGUUCAGCAAAGGGGCAUGCAGCAGGCUGUUCCAACAUGUUAAACGCAUCAGGAGGCAAAAGGACCAGAAACGGGACAUGUAUGCUGCCAAGCCUUGCGUUUGAUAUCAUAUAGGACUAUCUUUAAAAACUGGUGACAAGUGAUAAACGUCAAAUACGUAUAUAUCUCAGACUAAAAUAAUACAGCAGGUGCAGGCAACCCAACUGGUGUCAAAGAGCAAGUAGGAACACUGGUAUAUUUGAUGAGUGAACAGCACAGUUAUUAAUUGGCUUGGCAUUGUCAAUGGAACUAUAUUAUUACCCUUCUGUAAAGAUGACAAAGCUUGAGAAAGUAUUUUUUUGGACUGCAACAUGCAUUCUUUCAUUUUUGGGGACUUAUUUUCACAAAAUAAUUACAAUCACAGACUAUGAAAUGAUGCUAUAUGGUUAGAUCAGCCCAUGCUAGGUGCAUCUUUCCUCUCUGCCCACUCUCUUCUCUUUGCUCUGACCACCGAUCCUUCCUGGUCCUUCAACCAGCCAUCUCUUUUCUGACCUAAGUUUCCAGACUUCCUUUUGUUUGCCCACCUUCUCAGAAACAUGUGAAAACAGGGACUCUUUUCUUCUUAGCCUGUACCAUGAUUACUGCACCUCCAGUAUACUUUUCUACAUAUUAUAGGUAGAAUUCUGUUGGUGAUAUAUAUGGAUUAAGCAUACAUCUGUCCAUUUGUUGAAAGUGGCAAGCCUGGUACUUAAUGGCUCCUGACUCAACAUUCAACAACGACAACCAGGCAGCAUCCAUGUUUAGGAGAACACCAAUAUGGCCAUUGCACUGCUUGGGAGUUGGAGAUUUAUUUAUUUAUAGUAUUUAUAUACCGCUUUUCUCGCCCCUGUGGGGACUCAAACCAGUUUACAAAAAAUAAUGGCAAAAUUCAAUGCCUUACAUAUAUAAACCAAACCAUAAAUCAAACAGCAUAUGACUAAGCAUAAAAUGCAAUAGGACAAGUUCACCAUAAGAUAAUAGGACAUUAAAACAUUAAGUAUAAAAAUUAAAAACAUUAAAAUCACAUGAUCCAAAUUCAGACCAGAUGUUGAUUACACAUCUGUAUUGCACAGAUAAUUAUGUAAAUUAAGUUAAGUCAUGUCUGACUAUGGAGGUUGGUGCUCAUCUCCAUUUCUAAGCUAAAGAGCCGGCAUUGUCUGUAGACACCUCCAAGGUCAUGUGGCCAGCAUGACUGCAUGCAGUGUUGUUACCUUCCUGCUGGAGCAGUAUCUAUUGAUCUACUCACAUUAGCAUGUUUUUGAACAGCUAGGUUGGCAGAAGCUGUGGCCAACAGCAGGAGCUCACACCACUACCCGGAUUCACACCACUACCCGGAUUCAAACCUGCGACUUUUCAGAAAACCUGCGACUUUUCAGACUUUUCAGCAGCUCAGUGGUUUAACCCACUGCAUCAAUUAUACUGGGCCAAAUGCUUGCUCCCAAAGCCAAGUUUUCUCUUGUUUGCAAAAUGACAGGAGGAAAGGGACUGAUCAAAUCCCACUAGGAAGUUCCACAGUCAAGGAGCCACCACUGAGAAGGCCCUGUCUCUCAUCCCCACAAGCCAUGCCUGCGAAUGUUAUAAUCUUAUCUCUCCUCACCACCUUGUCUGUUUCUCCUUUCUUCACCCCUGAAGAAGAUCCUGAAAACAUCAUUGUGAUAUGUUAGAUUCCCAGCAUGUUAUAGUUGUAAGCUCCAUGAAAUUUAGCUGGCCUGCACAGAUAGCAUUGCCAUUUUUGUUGCUAGUCUUAUCAUCUAGGCCUAUCAUCAUUAUCAUCAUCAUCAUCUCUGAGCAACUCAUUAAAAGCAGAGAUUUAUUAAUUCGGUUUUUGUGUGUGUUAAAAUCAGUGCUUUGAUAUGUAAUAAAAUAAAGUUUGACUAUUUUUUCUGUUUAAAACAGAACUUAGAAAACUUUCCUUGUUUAGAUAAAUUUCCAUGUGCUGUUAAAAAUAGUGGUUUGGGAAAGUGUUAAGAAUAGAGCUGGGAAAAUCUGCUCAAAACGGACAAUGUCCUUUUGGGCUAAUGGCCCAAUCUAU